AUGCCUUCAGCCGUAGAAAUGGUCAGUAUCGCUGCCGAUGACACCAGAGUCCUCGGACAGGAUCCUCUGAUCCCUCCCGCUCUUCUCACCUCCGAGAUCCCUCUCCCCGAGAAGGCCACAAACACCGUUGUCAAGGGCCGUCAAGAUGCUGCCGACAUUGUUCUUGGUGAGAGCGACAGGCUUCUCGUCGUUGUCGGCCCCUGCUCCAUUCACGACCCUGUCGCCGCUCAGGAAUACGCUUCCAGACUCAAGGAGCUCUCUGACAAGCUCUCCGACGAUCUCUGCAUCGUGAUGCGCGCCUACCUCGAGAAGCCCCGAACAACCGUUGGCUGGAAGGGUCUCAUCAACGAUCCCGAUAUCGAUAACUCUUUCAAGAUCAACAAGGGCCUCCGUGUUUCCCGCCAGCUGUUCGUUGACUUGACCAGCAAGGGUCUACCUAUUGCCACCGAGAUGCUCGAUACCAUUUCUCCUCAGUUCCUUGCCGACUGUAUCUCUGUCGGUGCUAUUGGUGCCCGUACUACCGAGUCCCAGCUGCACCGUGAGCUCGCUUCCGGUCUGUCUUUCCCUGUUGGUUUCAAGAACGGCACAGACGGUAGCCUUGGUGUUGCCAUUGACGCUAUUGGCGCUGCUGCUGCUCAGCACCACUUCAUGGGUGUCACAAAGCAAGGCCUUGCUGCUAUUACCCGCACCAAGGGUAACGAACACUGCUUUGUUAUUCUCCGUGGUGGAACCAAGGGCACAAACUUCGACAAGGAGAGUGUCCAGGCUGCCAAGAAGGUCCUUCAGGACAAGAAGCAGAAGGAGGCUAUCAUGAUUGAUUGCUCCCACGGUAAUUCUUCCAAGAACCACAAGAACCAGCCCAAGGUUGCCAAGGUCGUUGGUGAACAACUUCGUGAAGGUGAGAAGGCCAUCAUUGGUGUUAUGAUCGAGUCCAACAUUGGCGAGGGUAACCAAAAGGUUCCCGCCGAAGGCCCUGCUGCUCUCCAGCGUGGUGUCAGCAUCACUGAUGCUUGCAUCAACUGGGAGGACACAGCCGUUGUGCUCGAGGACUUGGCUGAUGCUGUCCGCACUCGCCGCAAGGUCAACCGCUCUUAG